AUGGAGCGAAGCUCCAAGAGGAUGGAGCCGGCUCUCCCCACAGCCCGCCCCGGUGCCCACCUGCGGCCCCCCGUGCUCCUGCCUCUCCUGCAGCUCCUGCAGCUGGCGGGGGGCGCCCCCCUGAGCCCGGCGCUGUACCCCAUGCCGCCCGGUGUCCUGCAAGCACUGUCGAGCCGGGGGACGCUGGUGCUGGAGGCGGCGCUGAGGAGUGCCCUGCUGGCACUGGAGGGGGCCCUGGCAGAGCACCAGCGGCAGCGGGGCGCCUGUGGACUCUGUGCCCCCUGCCUCUUCUCACCUUGCGCCAACCUCACCAGCCACUGCCCACCACCGGCCGUGCCCCCUGCCAUGCCCCCCAGCUGCCAAGUCCUGCUCGACGCCCAGGCGCUGCCCGAGCUGCCCCAGCGCAACUGGGCGCUGAGCCAGGCGUGUGCCCCCUACCAGCGCCUGUGCCCGCCCGAGGGGGCCCAGGGGGCUGCCUGCGCCCUGCUCAGCGCCGGGCACUGCCGCCGCCGCCUCCAGGAGUGCCGGCUGGCGGCCGCGGCCCCGGGCCCCGAGGCGCCGGCGGAGGCGGCGACGCCAGGGAGCUGCGGGCGCCGCGCGGGCCCCCGCGGCAACGCCACGGCCCCCCGAGGACGCAUCACGGGCGGCGGCGCGGCGGCGCGGGGCGCUUGGCCCUGGCUGGUGUCGGCGCGGCUGCACGGCGAGCUCGUGUGCGGAGGGGUGCUGGUGGGGCCCGCCUGGGUCCUCACCGCCGCCCACUGCUUCGCCGGGCACCAGAACGAGCUGGCGUGGACGGUGGUGGUGGGCGACCAUGAGCUGAGCAAGCCCGACGCGGGCGAGCGUGCCGUGCCCGUCCGGCGCAUCCUGCCUCACCCCAAGUUCAACCCCAAGACGUUUCACGGGGACCUGGCGCUGCUGGAGCUGGCGGCACCCCUGGCGCCGUCGCCCGCCGUGAGCCCCGUGUGCCUGCCCAGCGGCCGCACCGAGCCCGGCCCCGGCACCGCCUGCUACAUCGCCGGCUGGGGCUCCCUCUACGAAGAGGGGCCGUCGGCCGAGGUGGUGAUGGAGGCGCGGGUGCCGCUGCUCAGCCAGGAGACGUGCCGCGGCGCCCUGGGCGAGGACCUGCUCACCAGCGCCAUGUUCUGCGCCGGCUACUUGUCCGGCGGCAUCGACUCCUGCCAGGGCGACUCGGGGGGCCCGCUGGCGUGCCAGGACCCCUCCUCGCACCUCUUCGUCCUCUACGGCAUCACCUCGUGGGGCGACGGAUGCGGCGAGCGGGGCAAGCCGGGCGUCUACACCCGCGUCGCCGCCUUCGCCGACUGGAUCAGCCUCCAGAUGGACCCCUCCCACGCCAGCCGGGAACCCAGCUGCUUCGACCUGCUGGCGCUGGCCCAGCUGCCCCCCGAGCGGCAGCCGGCCGAGCGCGCCCGCCUCUGCGCCUUCUACGCCGGCGCCUGCCCGGCGCGCCUGGGCCGGGCCGCCUGCGCCAGCCUCGCCGAGGAGACGUGCCGCGCCAGGCGGCGCCGAUGCGAGCUGCACGCCUACGCCCAGACCUUGGUGGAUCUCCUGCGCCGGGCCGGGGACUUCUUCCGAAACCAGCUCGACUUCUCCUUCCUCACCCGCACCCUACCCCAGCUGGUGGGCAAGAUCUACAGGCACCUCUUCCCUGCCCGCGUCCGCAGGGACGUCCCAGGCCUGGCCGUGGUAGGGGCCCAGCCCAGCCCCAUGGCACAGGGCACCCCGGGUCCCUGGACCUUCCCCACCAGGCAGGGGGCCGGGAGGCCGCCCCACUUCGCCGGGCUCUUCCAGGCCGUGGGGCCCCGGGUACAGGACUGGGUGGAGGCGCUGAAGGCCAUGGAGGGGGGCAACCCCCUGGCACCCACCUCUGAUGGGGAGCAGCUGCCCGGGGAGACAUGGCUCUUCCUGCAGCAGGGUGAGGAGGUGGUGGAGGAGCUGGUGGGCCAGGGCAGAGCCUUCCUCACCCAGCUUCGGGCAGAGCUGGAUGUUGGCACCCCCCUCGAAGUCACAGAGCCACAACAAGUUCCUGGAGACCCAGUGGGGACCCGCGUGCCGAACCGUGGGCACCCGAGGGAGAAACGCGACCUGGUACCCAUGUUGCCUGGGGUGGAGGAGCAGGAGGCAGAUGAGGGCCGAGGCUGCCCCGGCCUCAACGAGUCAGCAGUGCGGGUCGGCGCAGUGCGAGAGCUGUACGCCUGGGUGCUGCGGGUGCCCGAGCCAGACCUGGCCAUGACCUUCCAGGAGAUCCUGGUAGACUUGGGCUCCAAGAAUGCCAAGGGGCUGUACCGAGCACAGGUGCGGGCCACAGUGGGGGGCCGCCCCACAGCUUUCGCUGGCCUCGUGGGCCUGGAGAGCGACUCGCUGGCCCGCAGCAUGCCUGGCCUGGUGGCCCUGGCACUCGAGGCCUUGAAAACCUAAUGGUGCUCGUUGUGCCCUGGGGCACCCUGCCACCACAGGGACACGGGCUGAGGUCUGUGCCCCCAGGCUCAGGCAAUUCCAUGCUCUCGUCCCACAUUGUGCCUCAGUUUCCCUCUGGCUGCCAGCACUGCCCAACCUCCCCAGGGUGAGGGAGCCUCUCGGGCAGGGACUGCAGCCCUCCUCGCCCCUGGGGCCCCUGCCUUGGCCAGACUCCUCCUCCCUCACUCCAGUUCCCCCGCGUCACCCGGGCUAUUAUUUAUUUGUACAGAAAAAGGUCUAUUUUUCAAU